AUGGUAAUUUUUGUGUUGCUUCAUUUUAUAAAAAACUUACUUACAAUAAUUCAAGGAUUGGUAAGUUAUUAUGAACAAAAUAUGAAAUUAUAUUGGUCAUUAUUAACUACAAAUGAUAUAGAUAAAAUUUAUCUUUAUAUUAGUAAUAUAAGAAUAUCCGUAAAUAUUAAUAUAAGAGAAAUAAUAGGACUAAUUAUUAUAGAAAGAUUUUUUGCUACAAAAAAUAGAAAAAAAUAUCAAAAUAUAAAGAAUAUUAAAGAAUUGGUUAUUUUAACAAUUAUUCUUCUUACAAUCUCAAUUAUUCUUCCAAUAUUUAUUGACACUGAUAUAAAUGGAAAAUUAUCUUAUGCUAUUACAUUUUUAAUAGUUUUAGAUUUGAUAUAUAUAAUUUCAUAUUUUUUUAUUGUACGUAGAAAUAUUAAAUUACUUUCAAUGAAAAAAAGUAUUACAAAGACAUUGGAUGAAAAAUUUCAAAUACGUGAAAAUAUUCACAUAGCAAAAGCUAUAUUUCCAAUAAUGAUUAUAUCUAUUUUUAUCCAAUUUGUAUCAAAUAUUAUUUUACUUUUAUUGUUUUAUUUUAUCAAAUCAAUAGAAUUAACAGGAAUCACAACUAUAAUUUAUUUAUGUAGAGAUUUUCUUAUUGCAACAUCUUAUAUAUAUUUUUUAAUUAUUAAAUCAUAUUUUGAUAAUAAUAUAUUUCAAAACAAAAUAACUCAACAAAUUGAUAAAAAUCAAGUACAGAAAAGUAAAGUUUUACCAACUGAAAAUAAUGUAAUGGAAAAUGGAAUAAAAUUUGAUAUUAUAAAAAAAAAUAAUGUUGUUCAUUCUUUGAAGAGUAAUACAUAUUUUGAAAUAUUUACAAAAGAUUGGUAA